GUCACGUCAUAAAUACGGCGAACUUAUCAAAGGUCGCAUCUCACAGCUGGAGGUACCCGAGAACCAACGUGGCACGAUGAGUCCGCUGACUCGCAGCCGCAUGACAGUGACAGAAGUGGGCGAAUUCCUGCGUGACCCUCCGGCGGGAUUCUCCGUGGAGACUCUGGGCUCCGACCACCGAGUCCACAGCGACGAUGACACCAACCUGGUGCUGAUCGACGACUUCCAGUUCUGCAGCGGGAAGAUCACUUUCCAGAACUCGCUGGGAAGAAAAGUAAAGAUGCGCAACUUGUGGGAGUGCACUCGUGUGCGACAGAGCCUGUUAUCCAAGAGGAUCUAUCUGCUCGUGACUUCCUGUGACCAAAACCCUUCAGUGACCAAGAAAGAAACAAAAGACCUCAAAGUUGGGAUGCAGUAUGUGGUGUCGCUGGACGGCAGAAACCCUUUUCUGAAGUGGCAAAUGGAGAGGGGCUUGGACCGGACCAUCUCCUCCGUGGCUGGAGAGAGCUACUGGGUGGACAUCGACAUAGUGGAAGCUCUGGAAACGUGGACAGCUGAACAGCAGCUCCCUGGUGACGCCAUGAAGACCAAGCCUGUCUGGAGGGACGCCUCCUUCACCCUCAAAUAUGAAUCGGACGCCCUCUUUGACUUCCCACACUGGUUCGGUUUCAGCAAAAGAACAUUUAAGCUAAGGGUGACAUGACGAAGCAGCUUUUCUUGGGAAUUGGAGCUAUUGGUGGAAUAGUUUCUCCAUCGUUGCACACGUCAGGAGUUCCCUCCCUUGGAGGACGGCUGUUGGGACUAUAGUCCACAUCUACUGAUUGUUGGAGGCACCAAUGUGCGACGAGAACUGAAAAAUAACUUGUGGUUGAUAUGAAGAUGACAGACAAAUAAUGUGUAAAAAACAGAAACAUCUUUACUGGUAAUUUUUCAAUGACAUGACAUCAUUUUUGUUUUAUUUUUUAACAAUUCACGUUUGUAAAUUAUGAAUAAAAUAUACAUUUAUAUGCAAA